GGUGCAGCCUAACCUGACCUUUUCCUGAAGUUGGGUUCCGGUUCAUCUUUUGAAAACUGAUUGGCAUCUAGUAAGUGACCCACCUUGCGUGCGCAGUAUCCACUAGGCCAAGCGCAGAGCUGCAGAGCACGAGACUGUAGCCGCUCGGCCCGCGCCGUCGCACCUGCCCGCGCUGCACCCGCGCCUCUCCAGCCCAGCAUCGCCGUCCAUCAUGCUGCGCACCAGGCCCCGCAGCCCCAGCGCCAACCCCGCUCCCUGUUGGUCACCGCAGUCAUCAGCAUCCAGCCCUGCCAAGCGCCGCCGCCUCCACCAGGAGCCCGCGAGCCCAGAACUCCUGGCUCAGCCCGAUCUGGAAGCACCCGCCGAGCCCGCCACCUCUGUGGUUUUCCUGGCAGCUGGCUCUGCCCUGCAGCUACCCCUGGAUGGCGUCGACUUGCUGCUGGAGCCAGAGCCCAACUCGGUCUUGGAAGUGUCGCUCCAAGGACACACCAUCCUCCUGGUCCCCGAGGGACUCCAAGCCUCCAACCAUUUUGGACAACCUGGAUUCGUGGCCAUCAGCCCACAGGGACCCGCUGCCCAGGACGGGCCCCAGGAUCACCUAGUCGGUCUCCAGCAGGAAACCUGUGAGUACUUCUGCCAAGAUGGUGUCUGCGAUGAGGAUGCAGACUUGGAAUUCCUGGAGCCCUGGGCUAGACCUCCAGAUGAUCAGGCCAAUGGGAGCUUUUCCUCCAUCCCAGGGGUGCCCAGUCCUUUGUCUCAGGACCAAGCCCCAGAGCCUUCCACUGGAACAGAGCGAUAUGCCCCUAGGUCCAUGUGGGAACUGGACAGCAACGUGCUGGGACUCUUCCCUGGCUCAACAUUGCAGCCUCUGCCUUCAUCUCUUUCCCAGAAUCCCCAAGAGCAGCUUCCGCCAUGUCCUCCAAGCUCUCCCCGGGCUCCUUGCAAGGCCCGGAAGCGACUGGUCUAUGAAUGAACUGCCCUGCACAAGUCUUUGAGGGGUUUCUCUACCCCUAGUUGCAAGGCACUUAGGCUCCUGUCGUCAGAAUAAAAGUCUUGCUGACCCAAAGGACUCUUCCCGAGGCCCUAAAGAUUCCUAGAAAUCCAAGUGGUAAAAUCCCCAACACCCUGUUUCUUCUCUAACAAAUAAAUUAGUAGGGGUCUUAAGUUCUUGGUGUCCUUUAGUGUUUUCCCAUAAAUUUUUGAGAAUUUGGACACGACUUAUCUACGUCUUUGUUGUUUCGGACUGCUCUCCUGGAAAACUACCCAACAUCAUGGUGAACUAUAGUGGUUGCCUCACUUGCAUGUACAGGGUUCAAAGCCAUCUCCAAAGCUCCUGGAAUAGUCUUCCAUUUCAGUUCCUUCAUUGUAAGUGAGAUUCAUGGUGAACUUUACCGGCUGUUUUGAGCAUGAGCUGGGGUAUGCAUUUGUUUUCUUUGUUUUUUAUCUUUGUUUUGUUUGUGAUUAGUCAGGAUCUCAUUAGAAGAAAUCUGUGACUUUUUUAGAACUAUGUAAUAGAGGCUGGCCUUGAACUCGCAGAGAUCUACCUGCCUCUGCCUCCCAAGUGCUGGAAUCAAAGGCUUGGGCCACUCUGCCAGGCUUAGGUUUCUUUUUAUAGUAUGUUCGCAUCAAGGUUUCACCUAAACUGGUGGAAAAUGCUUACAUUACUAUUAUUCCACGUUAUUUUUGUUGUUGUUGUUUUAAAUUCUGAACCAAUUUUUUUCUCCUAUAAACCUAAUUUGUAAUGUUUUGUAUGCAGUGGUCAUAUUUAUCUUGUUUUAUAAGAAUAAAAUAAAUGUCA